AUGUCUGACGGGGACGUGACGUUGAUUCAAGACGAGGAUUUACUGCGCCGCAUGUGGCAGCAGACGGAGGAUUUCUCCCGAAAGAAAGAGAUUCGAGCGCACAUGUACCGACUGAGGGAGGAACGUCUGCGGAACCUGUACUCACCCGAGCCCAGGCACGAAGGGAAAGGUAAUGAGUUCACGGCGGCGCAAGACCACGUCAAGUCGUUCGCAGACCAGAGCUUCCAGUCUAUGAAGAGCAAGGAGGUCCGCGAUGCGGGCUCCCCGCCCAAGGAGUUCACUUACCGAGGCCAAGAUUUGAAAGCACUCUCCAACGCCGGCUGGAAUGUGGAGCAGCAGAACAAAAUUACUGAUGACGGCCGCACACACGUGAAGUCUAUCCACGCUAACAUUGAAGGCAGGUAUGACGUCGACGGCGGCAUUGGCCAAUUUGCUGCUGUUGAUCACCACAAAGAAGCCGUCACCGAAUACCAGGACGACAACAGCAGCCUAAAACGCAAUGUGACCGCAUCCAACACGGCCGCUCGCGAACACGUCGUGCGUCAGACUGACGACGGUACACACGUCUCGUCAACAACUAACUCCUCGACAUCAACUUCCAAGUUCCAAGAGAUGUCUUCGACGAGACAUGAAUCUGUGCCAUAUACAACCAACGAUGACUAUGACCUACGAAGUUAUGAUACUAACCGCAACGACAAUGCCUCCUCCGGUACCAGGAGGCAAAUAACUAAAACUAAUGAUUAUGAGCAGAAUUUGAGAAGCAAUGAACAUCAGCAGACUUUGAGGCAGAAUGAUAACGAGACCGGAGAGCUCGUGUCGAGAAAAGUGGACUACCCCGAUGAUAAUACCAGAGUGAUAGUAGAAACGCGUUGUCUGCCGGAUGGCACUCGAGUCACGAGCACAAAGCGGGAAUUUCGUGCUCCAGUACAGAGCACCCGAGCCGAACAGGUGUAUCAGACGCGAAGCGAGAAUAGAUCCUACUCGACUCAACAACGAUCAAACACAAAGGAUUCCUCAAAAGUUAUUCAUCACACGAUAGACAACCGCGACUAUCGCCCAACCGAUAUCGUUGACUCUCAACGGAACGUUGAUGAUUAUGAUUUUAAUAAACAAGUCGCUGAUAACUCCACGAGAGAUACAGAUGAUUACUCCAAUACACAACAUUAUGAGAGAAAAGUUAAUAAAAGAGUGAUUGAUCAUUCUAAAACUGACGAUGAUUAUUCUAAUAUACAACGUGUUACUAAAAUUAAUAGAACUGUUGUCGAUGAUGACAAUUCUAAUAUUCAACAUAACGUGACUAAAAUUAACAAAACUAUUGUUGACCAGUCGAAAACUGAUGAUGAUUACUCUAAUAUACAACAUCACCAAACAACAACAAACAAAAAGACAACAGACAGUUCUAAAACUGAUGAUUAUUAUUCUAAAAUUCAGCAUCAUGAAACAAAUGCUAACCAACGAGUUGUUGAUCACUUUAAAACUGACGAUGAUUCUAAUCGUACAACGCGUUACGUGACCAGAACCCACAAAACUAUUGAAUCAAAUGACAAUGACGAUUAUGUACAAACACAUCGUGAAACAAAUCAGCGACAAUAUAAUACUACUGAUGAUAACCGCCAAAAAAUAAUUAUUAUCCGUGACGAACGCGAUAUACACGAGAAAGAUUACAAAGAUGUACAGCCAAGAGACGCUCAACCCAGAAGCUACAAACCCAGAGAAACAUCAAUUCCUAAAGAAAGCUAUCUGAGUGACUCUCAACCAAGUGAUUUCCAACCCAAGGACACCCAGCCUAAAAAUAUCCAACCGAAAAGCACCGAGAAGAUUGUAAAUAUCACAAGAAAUGAAAAGGUUGAACAAAUCAAUGUAAAGAAAAUUAACACGGAACAACGCCAAACCACUUAUCAGGCAGAUUUCUCUCAGAAAAAAAUUAGUACUGAUUGGAGUCCCUCACAUACAGCUUGGGCUAGUACUCUUCGUGGUGACACACCAUCUACCACUCGUCCAUCUACUAGAGCGUCGUCGCCUGGAAGUAAAACCUUUAAAUCAAGCACAUCUUCAUUGAGAAGCAGUGUAAGCCCAGAUAAAACUAACAGAAAACCACCAAGCCGCGGCAGUAGCCCCAAUAAAGUAGAUAGAACAUCACCUACUCGCCCAGUUACUGACCACAAGUAUACUACUAAUUCUACACAUUCUGUAACUGAGAUAAAGUCUCACAAGCACUCCACACCUGAUGAACGCAGACCACCUACAGGUCGUCAACCCAGCGGUGGUAGAUAUAGCCCUGAAAGAAAACCACAGGAUCACCGCCAAAGACCGAGUGUUAGUCCGGAAAAAAGACCUCAAAACUUAGUUUACAGAAGUAGUGUUAGUCCGGAUAGAAAGCAUACGUUAAAAUCUCCUUCUGAUAGUCAACCACGAACUGAUUCUCCAGUUAAUCGCGUAGAUCGUCAAUCGCCGAGGCUACGUGAAAGUCCUGAAAGAAAACUUCCUCAACAUCCUUCUUCUGUAUCUGGAUACCCAUCUUACCCAAAUAGAUCCACUGUAAGCCCCGACAAAACUCCGGCUGAUCAUCAUCCUAAUCACCAAAGGCCUAGUCAAAGUCCUGACAGGAAACCAGGUGUUCAGAAGCCAGUAGACGGUCAUCCAAAAAGUAGUUCACCUACUCGGGGUUACCUACCUGCUGAUACUACUCAAGAGCAUGAUCGUCCAAGUAGUCCAACUAGUGGUAAGUAUCCUCAGGAUACAACUCCAAAGCGAGGAAGUGUUAGCCCUGAUAAAAAACCAGGCUAUAUGACGCCCACAGUUUCAAGCAAGCCGACUGAUGUUGGAAAAUCUCCUACAAGACCAUCUGAAAAAACAUCUCCAACAAAACAUACGUCUUCCCCUAGCCCUACUCGUAGACCGCAAGAUACUCCACCAUACAAGAAAUAUCAAGAAGAUCACUAUAAGUUUAUCGAUGAAGAAACGAAAAUGUAUACCCGCACAGACAAAACGCAUUCAGAUACUACAAAACGUAUAUCUAAAGGUCCUGGACAUUCUUCUCCAAGAGAUAAUAGUCUCUCUCCUACAAGAAAGAGUCCUAUCAAAGACAGCGAUGGCAUAAAAAAAGAACCUGGAAGAAGGUCACCAUCACCUAAACAGCAUCUAACUGAUAUUGAAAAAUAUGACCACGUUGACACUAUUAUUAAAACUAUUGAUGUUACUGACAAUAUAAUAACCACAUAUUCUCCAAAGAAAAAAGAUUCUCCUAUAGAAAGAACAGUGCCCAUACAAUCAUCACCAUCAAAACCUGGAGCGCAAGAUAAAACCAGGCCUCGCUCUAAAAGUCCCGUGGAUAUUACAAGAAAUAAAACUCCCUCUCCUACAAGGAAGAGUCCUAGCAAAGACACUGAUUCUGUCAAAAAUCUACCGGGAGGAAGGUCACCGUCACCUCAAGAAAGGACAACUACCACUGAAAAACAGGACAGUGUCGAUACUUCUAUCAAAACAAGCAAGUUUAUUACCACACAUCAGACUUCACAGGAUAAGGACUCUCCUAGAGAGAAGACCGCACCUAGGCAGCCAUCACCCUCAAAAUUUGGAACGUAUGAUAAGAAGAAGCCUCAUACCGACACCCCCGAUGCAAUUAAACGAGAAAAGAGUCCCUCUCCUACAAGGAAGAGUCUCAAGGACUCUCCUAGAGAGAAGACUGCACCUAGGCAGCCAUCACCCACAAAAUUUGGAACGUAUGAUAAGAAGAAGCCUCAUACUGACAACCCCGAUGCAAUUAAACGAGAAAAGAGUCCCUCUCCUACAAAAAGAAGUCCUAUCAAAGAUUACGAUGCCCCUAAAAAAGUAACAGACACUGUUACUACUACACAUCCGUUCCCCAAAGAUACUGAUUCUCAACGUGAAAGAUCUGAGCCCAGGGAAAAAUCACCAUCGAAAUUCGGAACGUAUAACAAAAAAAGGCCUAAUACUGAAACCACCGAGAUGAUUAAAACUACUAAAGAUGUCAAAUAUGACUCUCUGACGCGUGAAAAGUCUCCAAAGAAAAGCCCGGAACAGUCCACGUCUCCAACAAGGAAGGCUCCUGAACUACCAAUAUCUCCCACUAAAAAGGUUCCUCGUGACAGUGUUUCACCGGUAAAAUCUCCUACAAAAUCAUCAAAUUACAAGCAUACUACUGACUUCUUAACGUCUGAGAGAACUACUGAGGAAGUUUAUAAAAAGACUACGAAGGAACAUCCUCGUCAGCUCGUGACACCAUCUUCUAGCCCGACUAGGAAGCCUAAGAGGCCAACAGAUACAGAACCUUCAACUGGACAGAGCUCACCAACAACCUCUGUGAGUGGGUUUGUUUACUUUAGUUCUCCUCAAACUGAAGAAGUCGUGGUAACGGACUUAGAUGACCAAGAAAUGUAUAACGAAACACAUACAUUAGACAAAACCAUGAUAACUUCCAAGAGACCUGAGAGCCUUGAUAAGAAAAGAUCUCCAUCCCCUUCUAAAAUCCCCUGUCGAUCUCCAUCUCCUGAAAGACGCACUUCACCACUCAAAGAAGGUCUUCCACGGAAGAGUUCUUUAAAGAAACCUGUAAGUGAUACUAGUCAGGUAUCUCCAGUGGAGAAACCGCCCACAAGUUUCCGUAUUUCACCAACAGAGGAGCCAAAAGAAUUACUUGGUCAUAAAGUAGUAAAGAAGGAUCACGCGGAUGAACCAAAAACUAAAGCUCCUCUCAAAUCUAAACCGCCUUUAGAAAGACGCGAAACUUAUGAAGAUCGGUGCCGUAAGAUAUUAGGUAUGAUUGAAGAUACUACUGAAACUGUUACGAAACAGACCACAUACUUGCAAGAACCAGAAACAAAUACCAGUUCUCCAAGUAUUUCUCCUUGCCGCAGUCCAAGUCCUAAAGAUACUCCGUUCGAAUAUCCGACAACAAAGAAAAUUACCGAUACUCAUGUUGAUGUGACUGACUUCAUAAAACAUGAAAAAGAGGAUAUUAUCCAUAAACCUGGUAAAACACCAUAUAAAACUUCACGUGAUAGUUCUCCUACAAAACUACAAGAUAUAAUUACAGUUAAAAGAACUGUAAUAGAAAGCGAUGAAUCUACUAAAGAUUUUGAAGAAAUUGAUGUCAAGGAGUCCAGAACAAUUGAGUAUCCUGAGACGAGGACCAGCCCACAAAGAAAAACCAUAGAAGAUGCGCCGUCCAGAAUUUCAAAGCAUAUUCCUAAACCUCGUGAAAGUAGCGAUCGUCCUACUUCUCCAGCCAAACUUCACCCAGGUACCUCUCCUAGAUCUAGUUUAAGCCCUGAAAGAAAGCCACAAUAUCAACCUAAAGAAAAAACUCUAUUAAAGGAACCUACAGACAAAACUCGCGGUAACAUUGAGACUACCACAACUGUUUUAUCUAAAUACGAUACAGAUGAAGAGACUGAACACAUCACUGUUACAACAAAGAGAACUGACAGAAAAACAUCUCCUUCAACUGACUCGCCUAUGAGAAAGAUACCAGGAGACGUGAUGUCACUACCUAAAAUGGACCAACCUAAUAAACCAGGACACGAUGAACCAAGCAAAAUUUUAACUAGACCUAGUUACUUGGAAAGUACAACUUCUAUGGUUGCUGAAUACGGUUCUUCUGAAGAUUUAGUAAAGUCUACACAAGAAACUUUCAAAAUACAACAACAUCCAUCACAGCCUUCGAAACCAACUACAAUUCCAUCUCAAAAACUUCCAGGUCGAAGAACAUCACAGGAGCGACCAUCUAGAGCCAGUCCUGAGAAAACGGGAAAUAAGCCUAAAGAUUCAUCUCCGACUAGACCAAGCCACACAAAGUCCUCUGUUACAUCAAAGUAUGAUGAAAUGCCUAAAUCUCCUACACGUAAAGUUCCGACUGAGGUAGAUGAUUUUGAACGCGACCAUCCUUCGGGUAAAACCUUUAAGCGUAAAACUUCAGAUACUCAAGAUAAACCCUCGCAAAGAAAAGCUAGCUCAGAGCAGAGACCUAAUGAUAAAUAUCCUGAAGAAUCUUCUCCUACUCACGGGACACCAAAGAAAGUUCCCGGUUACUUGAAAAUUACCCAAUCCUCUAUAUCCAAGCAUGAUUUAGAGGAUUAUGAAGAAACAACUACUUUGAAGACCGAACGCUAUCAACCGUCACAGCCAUCUGAAUCACCUACACGUAAAACUCCAAAAUCAGGAGAUUAUCGUAACACGACUGUAAGGCCCCAUGAUACCGAUAAAGGUUCUGACCUCAGCCCUACCCAGAAACCUACUUCGAUUGUUAAGGAAACAUCACCUGAUCGUAAUAAAAUGAAAAAGUCUCCUCAUUAUAUGACACCUAUUUCUCCUCAUAGCCAUGUUCAAAAAACUGAAACUACAACUGAAGAUGAAUACGAAAAGCUUAUAUCUCCUGAGAAUGAAAUGCCACAGCGCUCACAUUCACCAACUCACCUAUCGACAAAAGAAACUCCACAUUAUAUGCAACCACUUCCACAACAUAGUCACACACAUGAGACUAUUUCUUCAUUUGAAACUGAAGAGAACCGUACUCACGAAUUAAAGACUCGUAAACAUCAUAGCGAGAAGACACCGCAUUAUAUGACACCUAUUUCUCCUCAUAGCCAUGUUCAAAAAACUGAAACUACAACUGAAGAUGAAUACGAAAAGCUUAUAUCUACUGAGAAUGAAAUGCCACAGCGCUCACAUUCACCAACUCACCUAUCGACAAAAGAAACUCCACAUUAUAUGCAACCACUUCCACAACAUAGUCACACACAUGAGACUAUUUCUUCAUUUGAAACUGAAGAGAACCGUACUCACGAAUUAAAGACUCGUAAACAUCAUAGCGAGAAGACACCGCAUUAUAUGACACCUAUUUCUCCUCAUAGCCAUGUUCAAAAAACUGAAACUACAACUGAAGAUGAAUACGGAAAGCUUAUAUCUACUGAGAAUGAAAUGCCACAGCGCUCACAUUCACCAACUCACCUAUCGACAAAAGAAACUCCACAUUAUAUGCAACCACUUCCACAACAUAGUCACACACAUGAGACUAUUUCUUCAUUUGAAACUGAAGAGAACCGUACUCACGAAUUAAAGACUCGUAAACAUCAUAGCGAGAAGACACCGCAUUAUAUGACACCUAUUUCUCCUCAUAGCCAUGUUCAAGAAACUGAAACUACAACUGAAGAUAAAUACGAACAGCUUAUAUCUACUGAGAAUGAAAUGCCACAGCGCUCACAUUCACCAACUCACCUAUUGACAAAAGAAACUCCACAUUAUAUGCAACCACUUCCACAACAUAGUCACACACAUGAGACUAUUUCUUCAUUUGAUACUGAAGAAAACCGUGCUCACGACUUAAAGACUCGUAAACAUCAUAGCGAAAAGACACCGCAUUAUAUGACACCAAUAUCAUCUCAUCUCCACAAACAUGAGACGAUUACUACUGAAUAUGACGUCGAAACGCGUACGUCUAAUGUUAUGGAAGAGAGACAUCCAUCAAGUGAUAAGUUCCCAGAAUCUGACUAUCCUCGUACGGAUACCAGAGCACAUCCUAAGACUGAUAUUUCAAAAAAUCAAAAUCUCGAACGCAAACCUUCAACACAACAACAGUCAUCGGAACCCCACAAGAAGGAGGAGCGAUCCCCUACCAAAAAAAAAUAUACCUCAGACAGACCUGUCUACCCUAAAAAUUCAACUACCAUUUCAAAAUAUGACACCACAGAUGACUACGAUGACACCACUUUAACUGAAUCAACAAACAGUAGGUAUGAAUCAUCUACACGUAGAACACCAACUCAUAUUGAUUCUUCGAAGAAACCUUAUCAUAAAGACGACAGUCCAAGCCGCAAACAAAAUGAAAACAGAACACAAAAUGUUAGUCCAGGUAGAAAACCCAAUGGGAGCUACAGAGAUGAUUCAUCUCCGAGGAGAAAAACUCCUGUCGAUAAAACGCCUGACUAUAUGAGUACGACUACAUCGAUUACCUCCAAAUAUGAUUCCACAACUGAAAAUAUUCAGGAGCAGAUAUCCUUAAAAACUGAAAAGCAACACCUCAUUCCACGUCAACCAAGUAGCACAUCAACUCAAAAAGGUUCUAAACACACACCGGAUACUGUUCAAACAGUGUCACCUUCUAAACCAUAUCCUGACAGUUCUAUCAAGAAACCUUCUACACCCAAGGAUACAAAUAGGAAAGAUUCAUCUCACAGCCCAGAUAGAAAGCCAGGUUAUAUGAAGCCCACUGCUUCUAUUACUUCAAAGCAUGAUACUGAAAAUAUUGAGACAACUGAUUUUAAAGAGAAACAUACCUCGCCUCGAUCUUCUAUAUCACCUUCACGCGUUCGAUCCCCUGAUGAAUCCUCGAGGACAAGGCCUGGUUAUUUGAAAGAGCCAGAGAAACCUCGACAACUACGAACCCCUUCUCCAUCUAAAAAAACUAUUACAGUAACAGAAGUCAGUACAGACUUCCUUAUGUCCGAGCGAGAGCAAGAAAUUUUAGAUCGAGUUCAAAAAUCACUCAGGAAGUUAUCGCCUGAACGUAAAGAAAAGUCGCCGAGCCGUGAAAGAAGUCCAGAAAAAACUACAACCAGUUUACAAGAUAUUGACAUAAACAUAACUACACAAAGUCAAAUGAUAUCUGAAGAAGUGACCGAGGUCUCAAAGAAACAUACUUCUAAAACUGACAUCACUCAUCCCAGAAAGGUCAAAGAAGAAAUGCCUAAAGAUCAAAAGGUAGGCCAUCAACCUAGUAAGCCGUCUUCUAGAAAUACAUCACCAACUAAGAAACCUACGGGCAUUGCAAGCCCUACUAAAAAUGACAAGGGUACAGAGUCAAUGGCAAAACCGAGAAGCAUUUCACCAAAGAAGCCAAUGUCUUUGACUGAGCGACCUCAAUCUCCACUCCCUAAGACUAGUGGUAUCAAACCUAAAGAACAAAUUUCCUCCCACUUAACACGUAAACCCACUCCUGCAACUCUAAUAACCACUAAGAUAGAAAAGACAACGAGUGAUUUGAAGAAGACAACUGGUGUAACUAAGAUGACCACUUCUAAAACAACUACAAAAUCGACUCCAUCACCUACUGGCAGACCUAGUGAGCCACGAACACCUACUCCUAAAGGAAUAAGAGAGAGUGGAAUUCCAAAGAAAGAAAUGGAUACAAAGGUUACUCGUACUGUUAGUGAUAUUACCAUAAAGUCUAAGAAGUCAUCGCCUACUUCUCCCCAAAGAAUGAAGUCCAAACCUGAAAUACAAGUUAGUGACAUGUCCAACUCAAAAAUUAAACCUCAAAAAUCUUCUUUAAGGGAACCUCAGUCCAGGCUUCCUGGUAAGCCAAAGUCUGCCACUACACUGAAUACUCCGAGUGAUGAAGAUGAAAUUAUAAUAGAUGUGCAGCAAUCAAAAUCUUCCAGGGAAAACUCACCAGAUCGUAUUUGUCCUACUCCGGUUAAUUUUGUAGAUGACGUUGGAACCCCUCGCUAUCCUGAUGAGGUCAAAGAGCCUGAGGACGAACUCCGCAAACGAACUCAUCAUAUUAUCCAUGAAACUGAAAGUAUUGUUGAUGAUAUUGUUGAAAUUUGUGAAGACGAUGAACUCUUUGUAAGGAAGUCCGACAUAGAACAUCUAAUUGAAGAAGAUGAAAGUCGUCUUAGUGUAACUGAUAAAGUCACCAAGUUUACUAAGGGUAUUGAUACCACGACAAAAACCAAAGACACUACUAAUAUAUUCAAGGAUACUGAACGGAGAGUUCAUUCUGAUUUCGCCAAUGAGAAUUUAAAAUCUGAUGAAUGUUUGUUAUCCGUUUCGGAGAAAGUCAACAAAUUUGCAAAAGGACCUAGGGACAUAAAAGAUAGGAGUCCUGCUCGUAGAGUUGUCGAUGAAUAUGAUAAAAAUACCGUGUAUAUUGAUGAUUAUACAAAACUUAGUGUCCACGAUAAAGCUCACUUAUUUGUAGAGACUGCAGAAAAUGUAAAAUCCCCUAAAACUAAACCUGCUCCACAGAGAGUAGAACGACCAGAUUUGACCAAUGUUGAUGAAGCUUUGAAGAGCGAUGACUGUUUGCUCAGCGUUUCAGACAAAGUUAAUAAGUUUGUUAAAACAGCUGAGCAAUUUUUGACAGAAACCCAAGAAAUAGAAGAGAAAGAGAAAAAAAUAAAGGAGCAGCAUGAAAAAAUAAUGAAGAAGAUUGUUGAUGACGUUAAUGAUGAUACGUAUGAGAUCGAAGAAACUACUGUGGUUGAGGAUGAAGAAGUCCCUAUCAAGAAAGUUCCUAACCAUCCAGACGACAAAUCAUCAGUAACUAAAAUAACUACAUCUCAUCCAAAGGUUAAAGACUACAGUAGCCCCUACCUUAAUAAGCCGACUGAAAGACUGCCAACCGUGAAAAUAACCACUCUGCGAAGUAGUGAAGCUGUAAAGAAGGCUAAAGCUCUAUUCGAAAACAUCGCUUCAACAACACCUAAAACGAAAGACACUACUCAUUCCAGAACAAGCACUAAGUUGACCGACAUUAGUGUAACGAUAAAAUCAUCCAAGCCUGACUCCACAAAAGUUUUACAUCCAUCUGUAGAAGAAGUCUCAUGUUAUGUAUCAGAAACAGACACCGAAAUAGACUCUGUCCCUAUUCAAGCUAAAGAACGUCCCGCUAGCGGCACUUUAACUCAACCUCAUCAUCCUCGCCCUAAAGAUAAGCCACGAGCGAGUCCUACUCGUCUUACUGCGCAGUCACCUGAUGGGCGCAGGUCUAAAUCUCCCAUGCGGCACACAGUGGAAACCACCACAAAUACCAAGACGUUGUUGUCAAAAUAUCCCACAACGCAAAGUGAGGAAUCUCCAAAGAUUCAUCCUGAGGGCGAUAAACACGAAAAAGUACCUGGAUAUCUUCGACCAACAAAAACUAGUCAAAGCAAGGAGGAGCCGAAGAUAGUCGAUGAGAAGGAAGUGAGCAGUCGCAGAGGAAGUGGCAAGUUUGGCGUUGAACUUCGUAGAACGAGUGUGGAACGGUCGACGGUGAGCAGCGAGCGUCGACUCAGUGUCGAACACCCUUGCAUAGAAGAUAUCUUCGACCUGGACCUCCUGGAUCAAAUGUUGGAAAAGGUCGUGGGUUACGAGCAGAGACGACGCAUCAGAGCUCAAAUACGAAUUGCUCGGAAAAAAGAAACUGAACAUGUAGACCAUUCUACACACAUAAAAACUACUAAACAAACUACUAUGGUUCAAAAAGAACGGUCUUCUGAACGCCAUCAAACAAGAUCGCCUGACCGAGCUCCUAAAACUAAACCACACAAAACGGUAUCUCCAGAUCGUCAAACAAAGACACCGACAAGAACUAUUGCUGAUCACGAUCAGCCCAUAAAACAUGACCAUCUCAUACCUAAUGGUCACGCCAAGGAACCGGUUCAAAUCAUAAGCGAAAAGCAAAGCAGGCCGCAAAGUCCUACGAAAAUUGCUCCAAAGGCUGCAUUAAAAACAAAGAGUCCCAAUCGUCCAGCCAGCCCCCACAAAAAGACCGGAACUCAGUCUCCCACAAAAACUGCUAGCCCAAAGCCGAAAGCAAACCGUUUCAAUGAAUAUGCCUUCGCUUACAUGAAAAAAGUAGGUCUAAAUGAGGCUGACAAAGUCAAGUUCACUGAAUCCAAGAAGAAGACUACCGAAGAAAAGCACAAGACAGUAAAACAAGUAGAAGAACACAAAAUCACUGAAGAAAUCUCUACUUCUAAAAAAAAUAUUCAGAGAACUCCGUCAGAAGAGGUCAUUGAAGUUAUUCAAAUGAAUGGUGGCAAGAGAUCACCGUCACCUGAGAAGAGACAUAGCCCUGAACGUAAAUCCCAAAGUCGUGAACGACUACACGAACGAACACCAAGCCCAGAUAAGAAGCGACCCACUUAUCAUACAAAAUCUGUUCCUCUAAAGAAGGAAACCAUCAUUAAGACUGUAUACGAGGUUGAUAAGAAGAUACCACAGAAGCAGACUCCAGAAAGUAAGCCUGCCUGGGUAACAGACAGGAACUUGAAGAAGAUUACUUCUGAAACUCGUACCUACAGUAGUAAGAAGAUCGAGGAGAAACCAAGGUACAGGGCUCCAAGUCCUUCUAAGGUGAUUUCGAAGCCCAUUGACGUGAUCACAUCGAGUUAUGGUCCAGGGCCUUUAGAUGCUGAAGGGAAACCACUAUUCGGCAUCAAAGCGCUAAGAAAGGGCGCUAGUAAUUAUCAAGUAAAAGGCACUGUGAUUCGUCAAGAGUACCAUUCUCGUAACGGUGGUGAACCUGAGGGAACUGUCUCCGUCACCGCCUACUCCACGGAACCGGAGGAGCUGGAGCAGCUACUGCAGCGUCAGGGGGAGAAACCUUCCAGGAUACAUGGACUGGCAGCUAUUACCACCACUAGGAAGUUUGGAGGAGACACGGGGACUACUUUAAAGGAAAUUCAUGGGAAGGAGGAACGCGCCACAAUAGACCAGUUCACGCACAGCGACCGCAAAGUCAGUGACACCAGAAUCGAAGACAUCACCGAGAGUUUCAGCAGCAGACAAGAAAUAACAGGUGAUACCAGACGCACUGAAACCAGGAAGGAGGAGAUCGUAGGAGACAUCAUCAGUGACAGGGCAGACAGUAAAACAGAUAGGAUGCAGAAGCGAGUCGAAAGGGUGGAGAAAGUUGAAAGGAGAGGUGAUAGAGUGGAGAGGAAAGAGAGGCCUGACGAUAAGAAGACUGUGCGGCAGAGUUCAGUGAAGUCUCUUACGGAGAAGUACAUCAAAAGUGCAAAUGAUAGCUCGAAAGCCGAACGGCCGUCUUACCCGAAAGCCGGUCUGAUCCUCCGCACCGCUACCAUGAAGGACAGUGUCUCCAGCGACUCCUCAGCACAUGCCGGCCUAGCCCGCACAGACAGUGAACACAGCCUAGGUUCAGUGGAAGACACAGUGGUAACCACGGAGCGGUGCGAGGGUGGCGUGAGAACUAUCACCACGACCACGAGAAGCCAUGGUCACGUGACCCACACCCACCACGAGGCCGAGCCAGAGAGGGUACACACAGAGAAGUCCUUCCUCGACAGCAACACGAAGGUCAGCGGAGUGCAGGACAUCUUGACCAGGAUGAAGAAUGCUGAUAUAGUGAUCCAAGAGGGCGAUACGUCGGAGGACACGGAGGCGCGCGCGCUGCUCAACAAGUUCCUCGGCGCCACCGUGCUCAUGGCCGGCAUGCAGUCCUACGUCACUGAGAAACCUUCCGGCAAGGUCGUCGUCAAACAGGAGACUGUUCGCACAAGCAGUAACAGCGGCGGUAAAGUGACAAGCUCUCAGACCCGCAGCGUUCAAGAGUUCGAUAUAGACCAGUGCUGGGACGAACGGGUCCUCAGGAAACUUUUGGACGAGUGCAACGACUACGAGCAGCGUCGAAGGCUGCGCGCACGCAUCCGCACACUAAUGGCUGAACAAGAAGCAUGCGCGAGCGCAGUGACAGAGGCGCUGGCGGCGGCUGGCGAAGCUCCAGAGGACAACAACGAGGCUCGCGGUGAGUCCCUACUGUUACCACUGCUGCAGGGUCUACUGGGAGGCGGUGGCGAGCGCCUGCUGGCCGGGCUCGGCGCCGCACCCGCUGAUGUUGUCGCAGACGUGCGACGCUCCCUUGCCAGGCUUAGGGCUGCCUUAGCACCACCGGCAGCACAUCCACAAGCGCGUGCAUUACUUGCUUUAGCUGACAGACUAGAAGACGCCCUUGAUGUUGCUGACAGACUAGACGGGUGCAGGCAACGUCGGCCACGAAGGCGCUCCCGUACUGCCAGACACACUGUUGGUGUUACUAGAGGGGAACUGGAUGAAGCACGGAGACUGGUCGACCAUGACGAACUUGCGCUUCCUGGAGACCGGCAUGGCUCUAGCGCCACUUCCACUGGCUCCGUAAAUACCACCAGUGCCGACGAAGCCGUAACCCCUGAACGUAAACAAAGUGUUGAUGAGGAGGUCAGUUACCAUGACGCUAUCGCCUCGCAGCAGAAAUCAAACCCUAUAGCUCAUUCUGUCAGCUACGAGGCUACUCCUGCAGUCGAAAGGGACGCUCGUGUCGUUGUUCAGAAACGCAACCCUGCACAGCGUAAACCAGACUUUUAUAGGCAUUCGGUGGCCGAUGUCGAAACACAACGACCCAGACCCCAUCAGUUACAACAAACAUGUCCACCACAGCAACCAGUGCAACAACCGCACCCCGAGCCACAACCAAGGCAGGUUCAACUGCCGCAGCCCCAACCACUCCAUCAACCACAGGCAUUCCCCGCGGCUACAAAUUAUGCCUCACACGUGGUGCAUCAAUCAAAUCCGCGUAUAGACCGCCGCCCCUCUGACUCUAAGAGCAGUAUAGCUGCAAUUGCCAAUAAGUUUGACGCUCAUGCUAGGGAUACUUCUAACGAUAGAAAGGAAUACAUCUCACGUCGCGCACCUAUUGAACCUCCAGUUCAGCAGAAAGAUAUCAAACGCGAAGAUAAACAUACAUUUAUGCCGCUCCCACCAACAUAUAACUUUGCAGCACCACCUACUACUCAGGACGACUCUAAACCACUUAACCGAUUCUCGAGUAAUAAACGGUUGCGUAUGAAGCGCGCUAAUACAAUAGACAUAGGACGGCCCCUUGCGGGAUAUCGCAUUGACAAUGAAGAGGAUGAUAGCCCGACACAGCCGAAGGUGCCGGAGUUUCGACCACAGACCGAGAACGACAAGAAGUUUGUCGCUUUUAUGAAAAAAAAUGAAGCCACAGAAAGGGAAACUGCGGGCACGGUCCAAGCGAACUGGAGUAAUCGUUUCGGUAACAUAAAACACGCGUUUGAGAGCCGUGAACGCGAGGACAGCAGUCGCUCGUCUAGUGCAUCGUCUGCACGUCGCUUCUGGCGUGGAACAGAUGAAGCUACAAUAAAUCCGGCUACCACACGACCGAGGAAAUUCUUGUCUGAAAAUGCCGUGAAUGUGAUUAAGCCACCGUGGGUGACAGAGCGAAGGGAGCCAUCGCGCGUAAAUAUCCCGCGACACGUGCAACAACCACCCGCGCCGGUACCCUUGCCUUCUCGCGCGCCUGUGCCGCUACCCACUCGGAAGCCUACGUCUGUACAUGCGCCAGUGAUAGCGGCACCCGUACUUUCAACCGCACCUUCUACGGCACCAUCGCACCCGCCGAUCCCGCAGUCUCCAACUAAACCGCUUGUUGUCAAACCAUUCGCGACGCGCCCUAUUCCCGUAAAUCAAUUUUCACAUGCGCCGAUGUCCGCGUUUAAACCGUUAACUAAAGUUGCUUCACCUACAACUGCGCCUGCGAAUGUUUGGAGUCCUCCAUCUGUUCUUAAUAAUAUUACAUCGCCAACGGCGGAUAUCCCUUACGCGGCACCGUUCAAUUCCUCGCCUACGACAGCACUCAGCCCUACCGCUUCUGUAGCACCAUGGACUACAGUUACUGAGACUGAUAAGCCACGAGGGGUGGCUGGCAUCGCCGCGGCCAAAUUCAGUCAGGACAAGCAGGAGAUGGCCCCGUAUAGACCACCCGCGUUCCAACCGCCACUAAUGACUCACGCGCUCCCGCAAUUACAAAACUAUGCAGUCAAGCCUAUACCUAGCCAAAAAGACCUUGCCGCUCCGGAGCUAGUGCGUAAAAUAGAUGAUGCCAAGUAUCCGAUGCAAGAUACGUACGUGCCGAAGGUCGAUGCACAGCGUCUACAAAUUGAGUUUUACGAAAAGCAAAUUCGCGAGAAAAACCGUCGCGAGACAUUAAUGAACGGUCACCGCGAACCCACGGAACGUAAGGUCCCAGCACCCGCUUAUACCGUCACGAAUUAUACAUCACCCAGUAACGUAUCCACGUUCGUUCCGCUGCAGCGAACACCUGACAUAGAGAAAGCACGAGCGCACAAAGUAGACUAUCUGCCGGAUGUUGUUACCAAUGAUACCGACCGACAACUGAGCGGUUCCUCACCCCUCGCGCCUCGUGCACCCAUUAGCCCCCUCUCACCGAGAUCUACCCAUCCGAUGGAGACACCACAUGCGUACCAGAACGGGGACGCACCUUACACAAACGGAGUAGUAAACGAUGUUACUACGGAGCACAACAGGGUAGUAACACGUGUAAUGCGCGGCCCCGUACGUGGCUCUGCAACUAUAACAACAGGUGUUAGAACCCGCAACGACGAGGGCCGCAAAGGCUCCGCAGCUGAUAAUCUACGUGGUGCACUCGACAAGCUUUCAUCUCCAAGGCACGAGGUCAUCGCGCAAAUUGAAAGGAAAAAGCGAGAGGCGGCGAGGUCCCAGGUACGGGCCCCUGUACAUAAUGGCCGUUCCCCCUUACCCGCACCUGCCCCCCCGCACGCCCGGCCCCCUACCAUAGACCUAGGCGGCGCGUCACCUUCCCCCGGUACUCUUGUUACAUCCCGUGAGUCCGUGUCUAGCGAGUCCGUCGCUAGCAUCGGCUCCAGCCCACUCAGUCGGUCUGGGUCCUGGCAUCAGAUAGCAACUAGCCCCAAAGCAGCGUCACCGCGACGAGUAGUCGCGCGGGCCAAGUCAAUGCAUCUUCUUGCUGUGCCUAAAAUGUUUGAAGGUGGUAUUGCACGUGAAGAGGUGAGAGAAAAGAAACGAACAGUGGAGGCAUAUUUCUCUCGGGAACAACAACAACAGCCGCGACCAGUGGCUACCAACAACCGUCCACGCUCACUGCGCCAGUCACACAACUCGUCGCAGUCAUAUUCGCUGGGGCGCAGCCGCACCAUGCCCACGGUGUCAGAGCUGCAGUUCCUGGACGAGAGCAACAUAGACGACGCAUUCGAGGACCUGGUGUCGGCGCUCGAGGAAGAGGAAGUAACUGUGACAUCGAGCGUGAGGAGGAACUCGUCGGAGAAAACCGUUAGCAGUAGCACAACAACCACUAAAACUUCUAAAGUGAUAGAGAGCAUGACCAGGCCAGCACCUAAGCCCGUGUCGCCGUUCGCCAAAUUCCGGCAACUCGAGAAGCAAAACUCUACCAAUAGUCCCAACUCGGCCAGUCCGAAGAGCCCGGGCUCUCCGGCGCCAUACUUCAAGUUCACGGAGCCCGCGCUGCAAGCGAGCGCCGUCACUAUAAAAGAACGAUUGCUGCAGUGGUGUCGCGACAAGACCCGGGACUACGAGAAUGUGAAGCUGGAGAACUUCUCCACGAGCUGGGCGGACGGGCUGGCGUUCUGCGCGCUGCUGCACCACUUCCUGCCCGACGCGUUCGACUACUCCAAGCUGAGCCCCGAGACGCGCCGACACAACUUCACGCUCGCCUUCAAACUUGCCGAUGAGAAGGCGGGCAUCUACCCCCUGCUGGACGUGGACGAUAUGGUGGCGAUGCGUAAGCCGGACUGGAAGUGCGUGUUCACGUACGUGCAGUCCAUCUACCGCCGGUUCAAGGAUGAAUGA